AUGGCGGCCGAAAAACGGACUACUGCCGGCAUAUUGGGUGCCAAGACGGAGCCGUCUUCUCGUCCCGCAACCCGCUCCUCUCGCACCGUCAACCCUAAAGCCAAUGGGACGGAAACAGGAAUCCCAGUUCAGCAAGCUGAAGAAGCCCCCUACACGGUCCUGACCCUUUCCCAGAAACGGCUCAUGGUCUUCUGUAUCUCCAUCAUCGGCCUCGUCAGCCCCCUGACGGGCUCCAUCUACCUCCCGGCCAUGAACGACAUCGCCGCGGACCUCGGCGUCCGCGUCUCGCUCGUCAACCUGACCAUCACCACGUACCAGAUCUUCCAGGGCCUGGCGCCGUCCUUCAUCGCCUCGCUGGCCGACACCAGGGGCCGCAGGCCCGCAUACCUGGUCGCCCUCGGCAUCUACGUCGCCGCCAACCUCGCCCUCGCCCUCCAGUGGAGCUACCCGGCCCUCAUGGUCCUGCGCUGCCUGCAGUCGGCCGGCAGCUCCGCCACCAUCGCCCUAGCGGGCGGCGUGGUGAGCGAUAUGGUGACGAGGGCCGAGAGGGGAAGUUAUAUCGGGUGGUCGUCACUGGGUAUCUCUCUCGGGCCGGCACUGGGGCCUGUAUUUGGAGGGCUGCUGGCCGGGUAUGCGGGCUGGCGGAGUAUCUUUUGGUUCCUCAUGGCGCUCGGAGGCGUCCUACUGGUUGUCGUGGCGUGCCUCAUGCCGGAGACCUGCCGUGCGGUGGUCGGCAACGGCAGUGUCCGGCCCCAGAAGUGGAAUUUGAGCCUGGUGCAGUGGUUGAACGUUAGGAGUGGGGCCACACAGAUCGAGGAGAGAACGGAGACCAUCACGAAGCCUAGAAAAAGACCCAACCCGUUGAGCGCAUUAAAGAUCCUAUUUGAGCCUGAGGGUGGGAUCACUCUGGGUUUUGGCGCUCUGUUGUUUGCUGGUUAUUUCAUGGUCAUGACGACUCUCUCGGAACAGCUUGCGAGCCGAUUUGGUUUUGACUCCAUCAAGAUCGGUCUGUGUUAUCUACCGCUCGGUUUUGGCUCCCUCAUCUCGCGAUGGACGGCCGGGCAGCUCUUCGACUGGAACUUCCGCCGCCACGCUCGCAAGCUGGGCAUCGAACUUGACAUGUCAAAACAACAGCAGAUAGAGGUCUUCCCCAUCGAGCGUAUCCGUCUCGAAAUCUGUAUACCAAUGGUCUACAUCUCAUGCGGCACUGUGCUGGCCUACGCCUGGACGAUGAACUCAAACACUAGUCUAGCUGGUAUCGAGGUGGUUCUGUUCUUCCAAGGUCUGUUCUUCAGCGGCGCCCUGCAGGGUAUGAAUACAUUGAUCGUAGACACGCAUCAGGACACCCCGGCUACGGCUUCAGCGGCCAACAACUUGUUUAGAUGUCUGUUCAGUGCGGGCGGCACGGCGGUGGCCCCGCUCAUGAUAGAGAAGAUUGGAGUAGGUUGGAUGGGUGUCUUCAUUUCCGGCGUAUGGUUGGUAUUUAGCCCGUGUCUGUGGCUGGUGCUGUUCAAAGGCAAGAGCUGGAGAGAAGAGGAGAGAAAGAGAAGGGAGGCAAAGGAUGCAGAGAAGAAAGACCUGGAGAGCAAUGCUUAA